AUGGAGAGCGUCCCCGAGGAGACACCGGGAGGCGCGGCCUCUCCGCAGAAAACCGCCCACAGCGGCGGGACGGCCGAGUCCGGGCCGCAGCCCGAGCGGGUGGACGGUGCCCCUGAGGGGGAGCGGUCAGCAGUCCACCUGCCCCCGGGACCCCCGACCGCCCCCCGCGACCCCCCCGGCGGCCGCCGCUCUCAGCCCGACGGCGACUUGAUCGACUUCACCCGCCCCCCCGAGCCGGCGGCGGGGGGGUCCGAGGCCGAGGCCGAGCCGGCGGCGGGGGGGUCCGAGGCCGAGGCCGAGCCGGCGGCGGGGGGGUCCGAGGCCGAGCCGGCGGCGGGGGUCCGAGCGCUCGCGUGUCGGCUCCGCGGCGCUGAGGGCAGCGCGGGCCCGGAGGCCGCCCCGGAGGCCGCGGAGCGCGUGCGGCCCGAGAGCGGUGCAGCGGGAGGGCCGGAGGGCGGGUGGCAGCCCCUCGCGGGGGUCGGCGGGGACACACCGCGGGACCGCAGCCCCUCCCCGUCCGGCGGCGGAGGGCCUCCUCCUCCUCCUCGGGGGGCGGACGGGAGACCCGAUGUCGGGGCGGACCGGGAACUCGAGUCCGACCGAACCCUCCGCCGGGACCUGAUCUCUUGGGCGAGCGACGAGCACUUGUGCAGCGGUUCGGGCGGUGAUCACUUGACUCCUGAGCGCGAUGGCGAAGCUGAUGGAAGACCUGUAACGCCGGAGGGAGUGUGCGGUCGGGCGGAAACUCCCGGGGACCGGGUCUCCCGCGGAGCCGCGACCACCGCCGCGGACUCCUCACCCGAGGGCCGGGCAGCUCCGGACCUCCGUGUCCACGGCUCCCCAACGGGUGGAGGAGACCCCUCGCUUGACCCCCGGCCGCCGUGUGGCCGGACCCCGCUGGGGAGGGACUGGGAGAGGCAGGGCCGGGCCUUGUCGUUGGCUGUUCGGGAGUUAAAGGAGGAGGUGGAGAGCAUCAGCGAGUGCUUUCCGGCUGACGGUGCGGCUGAAGCUGUGGGGCCGGAGAGUCGGGGGCUGUGCCCGGAGGGAGGCAGCGAACAGGCACUGCCUGACCGGGAGAGAAAGAAGAAAUUAUUGUUCCCUGCUUUUAAGGAAGUGUCUGGACCCUGUGAGUCGGAGGACCUCCUGGAUGGAAUCUUAUUUGCAGCGAAUUACCUUGGGUCGACCCAGCUGUUCUCUGAGAAAAACCCAUCGACCAUUGUGCGAAUGGCACAAGCGCAGGAGGCAGUGGGCAGGAUAAAGGCACCAGAAGGAGAAUCGCAGCCUAUGACGCAAGUGGAUCUCUUUAUUUCCACUCAACGAAUUAAAGUGCUGAAUGCAGAUUCUCAGGAAGCCCUGAUGGAUCACUCUCUGCAAACCAUCUCAUAUAUCGCUGAUAUUGGAACUAUCAUUGUCCUGAUGGCUCGUCGCCGAAUACCACGCAAAGCUACAGCCCCGGAAACCUCCAGCCCAUCACUUGAAAAACAAGAGUAUAAGAUGAUUUGUCACGUCUUUGAGUCUGCAGAUGCAUCACUCAUUGCACAGGCAAUCGGCCAGGCUUUCAGCGUCGCUUAUCAACAGUUUCUAAACGCCAAUGGCAUCAAUCCUGGUGAUCUGAGCCCCACUGAAUACAACGAUUUACUCGACACAGAUUUCUACAACGGAGACCUGGUCCACUUCUCCAAGUCUGAGAACUCCAAGGAGGUUCACAUCGAAAAGGGCAAGGGAGAGAUCUUGGGCAUUGUGAUUGUAGAGUCAGGCUGGGGCUCCAUCCUCCCCACCGUGGUGAUAGCCAACCUGAUGCAUGGAGGGUGUGCGGAGCGAUCGGGGGAGCUGAACAUUGGCGACCAGAUCAUUUCUGUCAACGGGACCAGCUUAGUCGGACUCCCUCUCGCUACUUGCCAGGGCAUAAUCAAGGACCUAAAGUACCAAACCGAGGUAAAGCUGAACAUUGUUCGAUGUCCUCCAGUCACCACUGCCAUUAUCAAACGACCUGACACACACCAUCAGCUCGGAUUUAGUGUGCAAGACGGCAUAAUCUACAGCCUUAUGAGAGGUGGGAUUGCAGAGCGAGGUGGCAUCAGAGUCGGUCAUCGGAUCAUUGAAAUCAACGGGCAGAGUGUCGUCGCUACUCCACACGAGAAGAUUGUCCACCGAUUGUCCAACGCCAUUGGAGAGAUACACAUAAAGACGAUGCCAGCUGCAACCUACAGACUGCUGACUGGACAAGAGCAGCCAAUAUACAUUUAAAGGAAGGACCUACACGUCGGGUCAGCAAUACGCUAGGUUCUGGAGCUGGUAUACUGCACCUGAUAGUAAUAUGACAGUAUUUCCUGACAUCACUCAACGUAUUCUGCUUCUGAGACGCCACUUGCCACAGCCCACUGUACACUGCACAGCUCUGCUCAAUGCAGCCUCUGGGACUGAGGCCCACAGCAGGAACCAGCAUAAAUCUCUUUAUCUUCCACAGUGGAUGAAUGAAAGGAUGGAUGGAGGAGGAGAACACAAGGAAGUAUGUGACCUGAAGUGGGCAGGCCUGGUGAGGGUGGCACUGCCAGGAGACCCACCACGAUGGCUGCUUCAAUAUUUAUUGGCUUCAGGGAAGAUAUGAUACCAGCCAGCCACAGCUUUAUCACCAGCGCAGACCGUUCUGCACACGCUGCCAGCAGCACCAUAACGGACCCUGCUUUCAGAAUGGCACCUUUUUUUAAUAUAGCGAAGUAUAUACAUACGGAAUAAAUAGUUUUGAUAGCACAGCUUGACAUGUAUUUUAACAAAAUGAUUUAAAAAUAAUGACACACUUAGCAAAGGGCUGAGGGUGUUGGAAGUUGAUGUUAUUAAUCCUAACCGCCCCAGUGAGUGAGUGAGCACAAUAGGCUGGAAAAAAGGUGUAGUAAUUACAGAGACUUUGACGAUGAGGCCUUACUCGGUAUUCCUGAACCAGACUCUCCUGGCUCAGCUGGGCUGACUGGAAAAGCACUUCAUGUUCAGUCGAUCUUCCCCCAGUGUCUCCAUAAUGAGAUCAAACACAGUCUACAAGUUUGUAACCAUGGUAUUGCACAGCUUUAUGUUUAAAACUCGUCUGUGAGAUUUUCUAACAAGCAGCUGAAUGUGCUGUUUGCUUAUUGCCCCCCAAAGACUAGAUUGUGGACAGCCUGGGAAUUGGAUUGCAUGGUGCCUUUGAUGAGAUAAAAUUACAAGCUCGAUCAGGAGAAUUACUAUCUAAAUUAGAGUUGAUGAUUAGUUUGUUGUGCACUCGUGGUAAAAUGAGUUUAAUCUUACUGGACAUCAGGUACUGGCUAAAUUAGUUCUCUUCCUCUGUGGUUCUUAAAUAGCCUGUAAUAAAACAUGAGAUGUAUGGAGUUUGUUAAUCUCAGCAAAAGCAGAGGUAAGGAUGUGACAAUUAGCCUAAAUGCUCCUGCUCUAGAGAGAGAGUGUGCCAGGGUUCCAGCUCCUGGCAGCUUUGGGGUAGCCAUCUUCCUUGCUGGAAAUGCAUAUGUCAGGUACAAUUUUAUCUCAUCAAACAGACACGGAGUUGGGCUGUGUUGGGCUUACUGCUGCCAACACUGGCCUCACACAUGAAUGGUUCAUGCGUGAAGCCAACAUUGGCAGCAGUAGUGCGAGCACAGCCCAAGGUGUCUAAGGAUGAGUAACAACCUUCGUGGAACUGUUUCCCAGCGCGAGCCAGCACCUUCAGGAGAAGAUGGGAAUGAGUAAGAUUAUCAUCUCAGAUUAACUAAGAUAGUUGCAUUGGCCAGUGAUCCAAUGAAAGAAAUGCUGAUAUUUUUCCCAAAGAAGCUGCAGUUGUUCAAUAAAAUGCAUACAGACUCCAGUUAGUCACGCACCAAUGUUAUUCAGACGCAGCUGAGUUAUAGGUAUAUAAAGGGUGAGUUCCAUCAAGCAGACCCAGUUUAUGCUGUAGCUGUGAUGGAAUUAUUGAUGCUGGAAUCUGUUGAACGUUAGAAUCCAUGCUGCUUAUUGCAAAGGAGUGGAACGUCAGGAAGAAAACCCAAGUGCUUUGACAGCUCCUUAAAAUGCCUCAUUCACAGAUAGUUGCCUUAUCUUCGUGGUGCUUUCCACAGCAACACUUCAGCCACCUCUAGUUCUUGCUUUGGUUGCUUUAUAAGAAAGCCGUGACCAUAUCACUUUAUGUACACACACCAGUAUUAACCUGCACAGUCUAACAACCGUGCUCAUUAAUGAAUGGUAGGAGGGAAAACACCCUCAGUAGAUCUCGAACUUUACCUCAAGAGCCAGAUCCUUGUUAUUUUAAGGAAUUAUGUGUAAAAAUGCAAGGACCUUUUUAUUUAAUGAUUGGUGCAGAUUUCAUAUUCCAAGCUCAGUGUUUUAAUCACAAAAGCUGCCUUCCUCAGACCAGCUCUGCCACAGGUGCUUCCAAAGAAAUAUCAUGUUGGUGAACAGUCAGGCCUUGGCGAUAGGGAGCCUGAGUCUGUUUGUAAUGGAUGUAGAGCCACAGUGCCUAUGAGCCACUGUGCGCUGCUGAAUUACGCUUUAUAUUCUCAGUGACUGGCAACAAAAGGACAAAGUUUUCGAAGCUUUUGUAAAUUGCACUGUUUUCUUAAUAAAAAGAGGAAACUG